CGGGCUCCGGGGCAGCGGGGAGGGGGCGGUGUGCGGGCGGCGGGGAGCCAGCGGCCGCGGCGACGCUCCCCGCUCUGGGCACCGGCACCGCGCAGGCCCCGAGUCCAGCAUUCUGGCCAUGUGCAGCCCUGAGGAGGAGGCCCUGCUGCGGCUGGAGGAGGUCUUCUCCUCCACCCUCGCCCGCAUCAACAGCCUCGUCCUCCAGCCCCUGCUCACGGCUGAGCCCUCGGACCCCCAGGGCAGAGAGUGCCUGCGGCUCUUGCAGCAGCUACACAGGAGCUCCCAGCAGCUCUGGGAGGUGACGGAGGAGAGCCUGCACUCGCUGAGGAGGAGGCUGUGCCACCAGGACUCCGCCGGGCUGGAAUCCCUGCUGUUGUUGUGCGGCGCCGACCGCGUUCUACGGGUGCACGUAGAGUACAUCGAAGCCUACACUAGCUGCGUGGUGGUGCAGGCCUUUCAGAAGGCAGCAAAGAAGAGGAGCGAGUACUGGCGGGGCCAGCGGAAGGCGCUGCGGCAGCUCCUGUCGGGCGUGAGCUCAGAGGCCUCCGUGGGCACAACGCUGGUCCAGGCGCUCCGCCAGCCGCUCGCCCAUCACGUGCAGCAGUACGUGCUCCUCCUGCUGAGCCUCGGGGACACCGUUGGGGAGUGUCACCCCACUCGGGAGCUGGUGGUGCACGCAGCCACCCUCUUUGGGAACCUAGAGUCCUUCAUGAGGCAGGCGCUGGACCAGGCCACUGCCACGCAGGCCCUCUGGCACACCCUGAGCAGCCGGCUGAGAGAUGUGCUCUGCACCCCUGCUCGCAGACUCCUGCAAGACAGCCAGGACAUACCUGUGACGGUCACCCUGCUACGGGCGGAGCGCGUGCUGCUCUUCGAUGAUGCCCUGGUCUUGCUGCAGGGCCACAGCGUCCACACCUUUGAUCUGAAGCUGGUGUGGGUGGAUCCUGGGCAGGACGGGUGCACGUUUGAUCUCCUCACACCUGAGGAAGAGCUCUCCUUUUGCUCCAAGGACCCCCAGGGCCGGAUGGUCUGGCAGUGGAAGGUAACUCAGGCUGUGUGCCAGGCCCUGCGUGGGAAGAAGGACUUCCCCAUGCUGGGGGCGGGCCUGGAGUCCCCCGAGCCCCCCACCUGCCGCUGCGUGGCAUACACCUUCCGCGCCGAGGGUCGGCUCUGCCAGGCCACCUACGAGGGCGAGUGGUGCCGGGGCAGGCCCCAUGGCAAGGGCACCCUGAAGUGGCCAGAUGGCCGGAAUCACGUGGGGAAUUUUUGCCAGGGCCUGGAGCACGGCUUCGGCAUCCGCCUGGUGCCCCAGGCCUCCGAGGACAAGUUUGACUGUUACAAGUGCCACUGGUGGGAAGGCAGCAUGUGUGGCUACGGCAUCUGUGAGUACAGCACUGACGAGGUGUACAAAGGCUACUUCCAGGCGGGCCUGCGGCACGGAUUCGGGGUCCUUGAGAGCCCCCCACAGGCCCCGCAGCCCUGCAAGUACACGGGCCACUGGGAGAGGGGCCAGAAGAGCGGCUACGGCAUCGAGGAGGAUGGUGACAGGGGUGAGCGCUAUAUUGGCAUGUGGCAGGCUGACCAGCGCCAUGGCCCAGGGGUCAUGGUCACCCAGGCAGGUGUCUGCUACCAGGGCACCUUCCAGGCGGACAAGAUGGUGGGCCCAGGGAUCCUCCUCUCUGAAGACGACUCCUUGUAUGAGGGCACCUUCACCAGGGACCUGACCCUUGUGGGGAAGGGCAAGGUCACCUUCCCCAAUGGCUUCACCCUGGAGGGCUCUUUUGGCAGCGGGCCAGGAGGAGGGCUGCAUACCCAGGGCCUGCUGGACACGGCCGCCCUCCCGCCAGAACCAAGUGGCACCCGUAAGAGGCAGCUAGGUGUGGGCGCCUUCCCCGCGGAGAGCCGCUGGCAGGGCGUCUACGGCCCCUUCCGGGACUUCGUUAGCGCCGGCUGCCCUGGGGACUUGCAGGAGGCCCUGCUGGGCUUCCACGUGCAGAACUCGAGGGAGCUUCGCAAGUCCCAGGAGUACCUGUGCUGCGAGAGGACCCAGCCCGAGGACCGCGCGGGCAGAAUGGAAGACGUCCUGGACGAGCUGCUGCAGCACCGGGAGCCCAGAGCCCUGCGGCAGUGCCUCAGGAAGGCUCUGAGCAACUCGCUGCACCCCCUGGGAAAGCUGCUCCGGACGCUGAUGCUGACCUUCCAGGCCACGUAUGCCGGCAUCGGGGCCAAUAAGCACCUGCAGGCGCUGGCCCAGGAGGAGGUGAAGCAGCAUGCCCGGGAACUCUGGACCGCCUACAGGGGUCUGCUGCAGGUGGCCUUACAGCGCAAGGGCCAGGCUCCAGAGGAAGACGAAGAUACAGAGACAAGGGACAUGCAGGUGCACGGAUUGGUGCUGCCCCUUAUACUGCCCAGCUUCUACUCGGAGCUCUUCACGCUCUACCUGCUUCUCCAUGAGACGGAGGAUGGUCUCUACAGCCAGGGCAUUGCCCACCUGAGCCUCUUCCCCGACACCAAGCUGCUUGAGUUCCUGGACGUGCAGAAGCACCUGUGGCCCCUCAAGGACCUCACGCUGACGACCAAUCAGAGACUCUCCCUGGUCAGGGACAAGUGCUUCCUGUCAGCCACUGAGUGUUUGCAGAAGAUCAUCACCACGGUGGACCCCCGCGAGAAGCUGGAGGUGCUGGAGAGGACAUACGGGGAAAUUGAGGCCACCGUGUCGCGGGUGCUGGGCCAGGAGCACAAGCUGCCCAUGGACGACCUGCUGCCGCUGCUCAUCUACGUGGUGUCACGUGCCCGAAUCCAGCACCUGGGAGCCGAGAUCCACCUGAUCCGUGACAUGAUGGACCCCAUCCACACGGGAGGCUUGUAUGACUUCUUACUCACGGCCCUGGAGUCCUGUUACGAGCACAUCCAGAAGGAAGAUAUGAGGCUGCACCGCUUUCCCCGCCGCGGGGACUCCAGGCGGCCCUGGUAGCCCGGCCGCUCCCGGGCCGACCGCAGAGCUGAGAGGGGCCGCCAUGGUCUGGCCUGGCCCUCGUCGCCCACAGAGCGGAGGACAGGAGGGGCCCCUGGAGGCGGUUCCCGGAGAGGAGGGGCAGUUAGUUUCUUCCAGGGAGACGUUGCUGCUGCCUGCAGUGGGCCGAGGGCGAGGGUGACACGCGUGGGCCCGGAGCCGGGGGCUCCCCCUCCCCCUCGCCCUGCCCCUAGGUCGGUGUCGGAUGACCUCCCUGACCUGCUGCGGCUCACCGGCCUUUUUGCUGCCCGAGCCUGGCUCCCACACGGACCUCGCGGGGCCUCGGCGUCGCCGUCUGUUUACCAGCGGACUAGAUGGUCUGUGACGGGCCUUCCGCCUGUCUUGCUGGAUCCCGGAGUCCUUCUGGAAGUUUGACUUUUUAGGCUGCCGGGCUGAGAUUCUCACAUCAUUGUCGGUGGUGUUCCCUGUUUCCUGGUCAGAGGCUCCACGUUGCUGGUGAGGCCGCUUUUCAUGAGGCCUUUUGUCCAGGGGUGGCCUCCUAGGGUCCUGCCUCGUUUCUGACUCUGCCCCGGGACUGAGCUGGUCUCUCUGGGCUGCGGGGCUGGACAAACCCCAGUCCACCCUGACCUGCUGGGUGGCCUCCCGCAAGGUCCUAAGAGCCACACGCCUGGAGCCUACGGGCCCGUGUGCAGGGGGACAGCAGUGGCAUGGGGCCAUCUGUGCUCUGUCCAGGCUCAAGACCCUGCAGGUGCAAGGGGAGGACAGGGGGUCUCAGGGGCCUUGGGGAGGGGAGGACUUUGUUCCCACAAUGGUUUCCGUGUGGGACUGAGAGACACGGGAGCUCCGUCUUGGGGCAGCCUCACCCCUGCCUGGCCUCAGUUUCUUCUCCCCACAUCGAGGGGCUUCCACCUGGUGACCUGCGGGGGCUCCCCCUCCCCUGUCACAGGAGACGUGUGACAAUAAGCGGGGUGACUGAUCUGAAGAAGUCCAGGGGCGAAGCAUGGGGAGAGGGUGGAUUUAUGCAGGGAUGUAGCCCUGGAGGGAGAGCUGGACCCAGCCGCCACAGCCGCCCUGCCACCGUGCCCCGGAUCGUGAGCAACUCAGGUCACCGUCCUUGGCUCCAGGUGUGCUCUCCAUAAAUGAGCACUGACCUCGAGGCCCGUGAGGGAGGCUCUCAGAAAGCCCAGCCACUCCUGAGCCCCAGGCGGAAGCCCCCCAGGAGUCUCAGGGUGGGGGGCUGGUGGUGGCUGGGGGCACCCACAGACCCUGAGAGGAUGGAGGGCAGGAAGAGUGAGGAUAUCCGGAUGCCGUGGGCCUUCGAGCUUACGCAGGACGCUGCCACUGCUACUUUAAUCCUCUCAACGGUGACCAGCUCCUUCUUGUCCCUUGACGAGUAGAACACGCUUGCCUCAAGGCGGCCCUGAGUGGUAGGACGCCUGCAGCCUCACCCCAGAGGCUGCCCCCCCAAGCGCCUCCCAGCCCCCCCCACCACCCGGCCUCCGUCAGGAUCCGAGAACCCUCACUGUAGCUCCGAUUCACCAGGACCCCUCCACCCGCCCUGUGGCCGGGCCUUGCCCAGUACCAGCGGAGCUGGAGCCUCUGGACAGGGACAGGAGAGGCCGAGGGCGGCCGCGCUGUGGCAGCCAAAACCCGAGACAGUGAGGACAUUGCCAGCCGAGGUCAGUGCUGCAUUCACAGAAGAGACGCUUGGAACCGGGCAGCCAGCCUGCCCCGUGGGCGCCUCGGGAGGCUGAUGGAGACGGGUCACCUGCGGGGACCCCAGCGAGGACCUCUCCCAGCUGCUGCGGGAGCCCCUUUGGCUGCAGGGUCCUACGUCUCGGGAGGUCAGGUUGCCCACCAGGACCUCAUGAUCCCCUGUGCCGGAGAGCUGUGAGCCCAAGGGGGCCCCGUUCCUUGACACCUGCAGGUGGCUUUCUGACAGGCUGCAUGGGGCCGCACCAGCCCUGUCCCCGGGGGCCUGGGUUUGGGGCUGAGAGAGAGACACCCGAGACAUUAAAUGACCUCUCAGUGAGCAGACGUGUUGGAGUCACAGCCUGACCACCCCGUCUCUUCCACGGCAGCCCUGGGCCUACAUGCGGCCUCCCAUGGAGCCCCUCAACUCCUGCUUCCUGCACCCGCAUUUCCCUUCCGCCUGCUCUCCAGCUCCUGCCCCUCGUCGUUCUGUGCCCCACACGCGCCCUCCUCCGGUCCCCUGGGUCCCAGGCUGCUCCAUCCUCACAGGCCCAGCUCACGUGAGGCCCUCAUGUCCCAAGGAAUGAGCCCCCCGGCCCCGCUCCAGGGCCCGCUCCCUGGCCCAGUCGUGUUACUGGUGCCUGACGGUGGGUGCCUGCUCCCCCGCCCUCGAUCUCCAGGCACAGCAACGCCCUCCGCCUCUCCCUGGGCCAGCAGCGAUGGCAGUGAGCGUGAGGGUGGAAACAGGUGGACUUGGGAAAGGUUGGACUGUGAAGGACCCCAGCCCCGGGCCGGGUCCGCAUUCAAGACUGGCCGGGUUGGCAUCUGUGAAAACAGAAGCCCCUCGGGUGUGACCAGCACAGGCAGGGACCCACGUGGAACGGAGGGCUGGCCACGCUCAGGCCAGGAGCAGCCGGGAAGUUGUUGCCAAACCGUCAGAGAAAGGGGGGAAAAGACAACGCCCUCUCUGUCCGGGGCUCAGGUUCCUGUCCCCGGGGCACCACACCCGGCAGCAAUGUGGCCAGUCCAGCAGGUUGUCUCCGGGCGCUAAUCUGUUGCGGGUGUUGCGUUCCCACAGCAGGAAAUGUCACGAGGCGGCCAGGUUACACCUGUUGACCAGUUGUGGCUGGUGGAGAUCGGUCAGGGCACAGAGGGGCCCCACGAAGCCCCCCGCCUCCCUCCCUCAGUCAGCGAGCCUCACCAGGGGGCCUCUUGGAUGCCAGCCCCGUUCCCUGCACAGGCUACAAUCUGGGACGUGGCCGACAAGGCCCCAGGUGAGAAGGGCCAGCUGUCCUCCCAGAAAGGGACCAAUGGCAGGGAGUAGAGGAAGCGGGAGAAGCCGAGUCCACAGCUACUGAAAACGGGAGCUGCCGGGCAUCUGGAGGGAUGCCAGUUCUGACUAGGCCUCUAUUCUGAUUGCCCCCAAGGGUGCUGGGAGCCAGGGCAUGGCCCAGACAAACCCCUUGCCCCCUGCAGCCUUGGACAAGGCUGGAGGGAGAGUGGGGAGGGGGGGCAGCCAGAGGAGCGCGGGGCUGCUGGAGAAGCCUUAGAAACGCUGACGGGAGGCCAGCCCUCCCUGAGCGGGGACCUAAGUGAGCCUCGUGGCCUCAGCUGUCGUCUCUCCCAGAGGGAUGGCCGCCCACCGUGGGACCAGUGAGGGGCAGCGACUGCCCUCCUGUGGCCACUGGGGAAGGGGUAAGUUCAGGGUUAGAGUCAAGGUCAGUGUUAGGGGUUAGGGUUAAGGUCAGAAGCAAGGUCAGUGUCAGAUUAGAAUAAGGGUCAAGGUUGGAGUUCAAGUUAAGGUUAGAGUGAGAGGAAAUGUCAGGUUCAGAUCAGUUCAGGGUCCUGGUCCAGGUCAGGACUUUACUGGUUGGCCUCGCCCAGGGUUGUGUGGACGUGAGCUCUGGCUUUGACUCUUGCUGUGGGCCGGAACCAGGGGUGGGGGCCAGGCUGCCAAGGCCUUGGUGUCCCUGUGACCGUGGCCCAGUCCCUCCCCAGACUGGGUCUUGUUUGCUGUCUCUAAGAACCCUCACUAUGCAAGACCACUGUUCUGCCAUCCGGGGAAGGAAGGGAAGAGUGGGCAAGAGGUGAGGCUGGGGGUCUGGCGCCGUGAAGGUGCCCGGGCAGCGACCCCUUCCAGAUGUGGUGCUGGUGCCGCUAGAGAGAAGGGCUCAGUUUGCAGAAUGGGGCUGGAGUCACUAAGUACAGUAUUCAUGACCCACCCGAGGCUGGGGGCUACGGCCUGGCCCCUGCAGCGUCCUGUUGCGGUUUUAAACAGAAACAUUCAUUGAGCGUGGCUGGGACUCCAAACGGGUGGAAGUAAGCAAGACCCGCUGGUCCCCUGUGUUGGGGAGCGGCCGGUGUCUGGGCUCUCUCCCCCGGCGCCAGGGGCGGGGGGUGGUAAGGAGGGUUUGAAGCCUCGUAUCUAUCCGAAAUUCGCAUCUGAGGUUUGCCAAACAGGAGAUCUCUCAGCCUUGGCUCAUCAGCAAAUCAGAACCCCAGGGGCAGAGAACAGGGAGAGGCUGUGAAGGGGAAGGGGGGUCUAAGGGAGUAUUCAGCUGCCCCCCUCACCCCCGGGCCAAGCAGUCCUGUGACGCUUGCUGGGCAGUGCAGGGGUGGGGGGGACACAGAGUUAGCCAGAGCGCUUGGGGUACCCUUGGGUGAAGGCUGCUGGUGGCUGGGGACAGAUGACCCCCUGGAUUUUCCCUGGGGACAGUGACCCCUUCCCUCGCUCUGCUGGCUAGAAAGGACCUGCAGAGGCUGGUCUGCCCAGGGCAGCAUCGAGGCUCUUCCUCUGUGUGUCCUGAGCUGGGGCGGCUAUGCCCAGGACGGGGAGGGGCCUGGGUCUGUGUGGGGAAGGGCUAGCAGUCCUGCUCGUCUUACCCAGUCCUCCAACUGUCACUUCCAGGCCUGCCUUCGGAGGCAAGCGCUCCCCUGCCACCCCCCACAUCUGCAGUCCUCAGGAGACGAGUGGUGGGGGAAGAGAGAGCAGGGGACCAGCCAUGCACACGGGACCUCCCUGAGACCCAGGUCUCGGGGCCACUGCUUCAUCCAAAGGGACCUUCUACACCCUGCUGGUCAUACGGCCGCACCAGGCUCAGUUUCAGGAACCAAAAGAACGUAAGAGGAACCAGGUGCGAACUGUCAGUUGGUGGGGGCGCCUGGGUGGCUCAGUCGCUUGAGCAUCUGACUCUUGAUACGAGCUCUGGUCGUGACCUCAGGGUCAUAGGACCUGAGCCCUGCGUCGGGUCCGCACUGGGUGUGGAGCCUGCUUAAGAUUCUGUCUCCCUCCCUCUGCCCCUCUCCCCCACUCACACAUGCUCUCUCUCUCAAAACCCAAAAAAGCCCAUCAGUUGGUGCCCGCUCUGUAAAUGGUGCAGACAGGCUGUUUACUGGCAGCCUCUGGUCUGUCUCUGACACCAGUGUAGGACCCUCUUAAUCACGAGUUCGUGCAUUUCAUUUGGGUGUGGCCAAGGGUCAGUCCCAGGCCCCAGGGAUCCUCAGGGAUAAACGCAGGUGCCAGCCUCUGAGCUGAGACCAACCCUGUGCUUGCACACUGAACCUUGCCGUUGCCUCUGAGGAAGGGGGGCAUCGGUGAUUGGGUGGCUCUUGGUGUCCCGUCCUGCGUGGGGUCCUGCUCGCUGCAGAAGGAGCCCAGGAGGCACUCAGUCUUCGUGGUCAGGGCAGGAAGGGAGGGCUGUGUCCCGGCAGAUGGCACCGUGGAACUGGAACUCGAGGGAUGAAUUUGCCAGGCAGGGGGUUGGCACGCCUGGCAGAAGGAAAGGCAGGGACAGAGGCCGGGAAGUGGAGAAGGGCCCGGCUUUCCCAGAAUGUGGAGAACGGGGAACCGAAUCAAGGAGAAGUCAGGCAAACCCAAGGUGAGAAAGCCUUGCAAAACCCGUGGGGGCCUUUUCCCACAUUUCCCGAUUUUCGCCCUCCUACGAUGUUGUCCUCUGUCCCCAUGAUGGUUGUCAAACACCCAGCAAUUCUUUCUCCCUCUUCCCAUCGAGAUGCGGAGGCAAAAACCCCUGCCCUUAAACCUUGGCCUUUGACGAUGCAGUGGGACAGAGGCCACCAGCCUUGUGAGGCUGGGAUCCAGAAGCUCACGUGGCCUCUGCCGGUUCCCCGGACAUCCGUGCUGGGAGCAUUUCACCACAGAGAGAGAAGUCUGCCACCCUGAGCGGCCAUGUGGGGAGACCGUGUGGGGACAGCAGACAGAGAGAGAGGUGGACGCCCAGUGGAGCCAGCUCAUCGGGGAUCUGGUUGUUUGGGUCUCCCAGCCCAGACCCUGAGCACGUGAAUGAGAACACUUCUGGGGUGACUGCAGCCUUGGCCGCCCUCUGACUGGAACCUUAGGAGACCCCCCUACAAACAACAGCUGCCUGGCCUAGCCAGUGGGCCCCAGACUCAUGAGCAAACCAAACAGCGCUGGUGUUUCAAGCCACGGUUUGGGGGUGUCUUUUUAAUGUGACAACAAAUGAACGGAACAGUCCUUUCGCCAUUAUCCACUAUUCAUCAUUUAAUUAAAAACACUUUUAUAUGCUUCAUUUAAAAAAAAAGUUUUUUCUCAUUGCAUGAGUAGCAUCUGACUUUAAAAUUUUUUUUUUAUUUUAGAGAGAGAAUGUGAGCAAGGGGGAGGGGCAGAAGCAGAGAGAGAGAGAGAGAGAGAGAGAGAGAAUCUUAAGCAGGCUCCAAGCUAGGCUUGGAGUCUGAUGCAGGGCUCGAUCCUAUCACCCUGGGAUCAUGAUCUGAGCCAAAAUCAAGGGUCGAACGCUCAACCGACGGAGCCCCCCAGGAGCCUCCCUAUAUGCUUCUUUUUAAACACUGGGAUUUAUUAAGAAGGGAAGCUUCAUAUCCCUACGUACAUGGAAGUCGAUCAUCAAUGAGGAUAAGAGGGAGGCAAUCGUAUAGAGCAACGCAGGAAGCAGAACUGGGUGUUCAGCAUCUAGGUUGGUACCGUUGCCUUUGCCCGGGGAGGGGGGCGGUGUGUGCAGCUGGGGGUUUCCCAGCACUUACAGAACCAGUUUGCCGAGCCCCCUCACGAACUCCGCCUCCAGCUGAGAUGCACCCCUUUGUCAGAGUUCUGGGUUCCUGCCCCUCUCCCAGGCUUCCAAGUUUUAAUAUUUUUAGCCUCUUUCCUUUCCUCCUCCAGCCCUAGGGAGAGGGGCGGCUUUCUGUAAUUGUUGGAGAACUCUUGUUUUGCCUUUUCAGUGCUUCAGUUGCUGGGUGUGGUGGGCAGAAUAAUUGUCCCCCAAAGAUAUCCAUGACCUAAUCCCCAGGGCCUUGAAUAAGUUGCCUUACAUGGCACAAGGGACUCUGUAGACGUGAUUAAGUUAAGGACUUGCGAUGGGGAGACUAUCCUGGGUUAUCUGGGUGGGCCCCAUCUUCAUCACAAGGGUCCUUAAAAGCGGCAGUCGGAAACAGAAGAAGAUCAGAGGGAGAUGUGAUGAGGGGGAGUGGCCUGAGAGAUAGGGGGCGGGACCGAAAACCUGUAGAGGCUGCAAGAGGCCAAGAAAGCCCUAUAGAGCUUCCAGAAAGGAGCACAGCCCAAUGACCUCUGUGUCAGAUUUCUAACCUUCGGAACUGAAAGAUGAUGAAUGUGUGCUGUUUUUAGCCACUAAACUUGCGAUAGCUUGCUAUAGCAGCAAUAGAAAACACACACCCUGGUUAACACUUCUAUGUGAAAUUCUCUGUUCGUGUAACGGGUGAUCAUCCUCCUUGGGACCUCUUGCAGGGUGUUCUUACCAGAGCUGGGAAGAAAAUAAUAAGGAAGCCCUCGGGGGCAAAGAGGCAGCCUAGUAGCUCUGCGUUGGAGGCCAAGACAGAAAGGAUCUCCAUGGCCCCGUUGACCUUCCCCUUGGUGCUGUGAUGGACGAGGAGGGAGGUGACCCAGACAUUGUGGGGCACCGGCAUGCUUGAACUUGGCUUCAUUGACGGGGUCAGGCAGACUCCUGGCCAGGAGAGCCCCAGCGGUGCUCCCCGGGGCCACGGAGCCUAGAGAUCCCUGGACACCGUAGAAGGCAGUGACAGAGCCCUUACUGCAUCCAGCGCAGAUGAAGUGUGCAGGUGCUUUUGUUGGGAGGGCAGUGAAGAAUAAGAAACAGGGGAAACACAGGAAAAGGGAGGUGAGCAGGAUGUAGCUGAGAGUUGGUCGUUGGCCUUGACCAAGGGAAAGUCUUGGUCCUUCACAGAGACCACAAGGACCGCAGCCAGGGGGACAGAGAAGCAUAGGUCUGUGGGGGCCAGAGCCGUCCCCGUGGGGUCUUGAUAAACCGGGAAAGCCGCUUUCUUUGGGAGAUGGUGGUCUUGAUCUGGGUUUGAGUCCUGAUGGGAUGAUAUGACAUUUGUCCCUGAUUUUAGUUGAUCAGGGACAAGCUGAUCAACUAGUGAUCAGUGAUACUUCCUCGGCUCUCGAAGACAUUCAGGGCAGCCUCAGCUCACUGGCCGGGUUGGUCUGGAUGGUGGAAUCUCCCUGGCCUUCUUCCUUGCAGGCUAAGACGUGUCUGCGGUUGCUACGGGAUUCUGCCAAGCCCGGAUUAAUACCCUCGGGCCAAGAACCGUCAAUACAGAAACUUCAGGAGAGAGCCGCCUGCUUUCUUAGGUAGAAAUCCCUGACGGUUGAUGGGAUUCGUUCCGCUGGUUGCGUCCAGGACCCUGGACGACAUGGCUUCAUCCUGAGGCUUGAAGUCCUGUUCACAGCUGGCGUAGUUGCAUGUUGUACUAAUCAAACUAAAGGAAUCUGGCUAGCCUCUGUCAGUCAGAUGAAUCGGGUCAAGAAUGGAUUCUUCUAACUCCUGUGUGAGAGUCUUUCCAGAAAACGAAGCCAGCUUUCUCCUCUGUGGGUUUUAUCUUCCUCAGUUUCGUUCUCUCCUCUGCCUUCUUCACUACCUUUCCUUCUUCUUGUCUCGAGUUCUGUACAGACUCUGGGGAUGGUAGGAUCUGAAUGAGGUCGCUGUCAUGAAGAUGGGGCACAGACGACCCAUCACUGAAGCCUCUCAAGGUACAAAUGUCCCGUCACGUUUGUUUGUUAACUACAGGCAGAGGAGCUGCUGAACACCUGGAGGUGGGAAGGUUGUGGGAAGCUUCCAGAAACAUCACACCCUUGUAACGCCCUUUACUUUAGAGGCGUUUCCAAAUGGAAACAUUGGGACAAUUAUGAAACACUGAAAGCUUCCUGGUCAGGAAGUGGUCUUGUAAAAGGGGGAAGCCUCUGAGGCUUAGCAACUAACGUUAGCCCGUUUGAUGCUGACUACCUCAGACAAACUGAGCUAGCAAUGUGCUCAGAGCAGGAGGAAGUAAGCCUCGAGUGACAUCAGCGCUGCUUUGAAUGGGGUAUUAUAUUUAGGAGUUUCUCCUAAAGCAGGGUGCUUGUGCUAUAGGCAAACGCUCCAUUCAUUCAUCCACCGGAUACGUUUUGUGUCUCAUAACAUACUGUGAGUGUUGUUCUAGACCCUAGGGCUGUACCGGAUGCCAAGGCAGCCCAAGUUUCUGCCUUCCCAUUUCAGGCUCUGAGCCCCGCUGAGGUGGGUCCCGGCCCCUCCCGGCCCCAUGCUAACUUUAUCUGCCCUUCCCCAUAGCCAGACCAUGUAGCUGGACCCUCCCUUCAAGGUCUUCUCCCACUGCAUUUCUCAAGUUCUCCCAGAGCUGGCCUCCAGCCCAGCAGGUGCUUUAUCCUGGUGGCCCUUUCCUACAUCAGAGAGAGGAGACCGUGUCUCCUCACCUCCAGGGAGCCGAGUUUCCCAAAGAGCAACAAUCAGGACUGUUCAGACCUCGGAGAAGACACCACGCCAAUGGGACAGAACGAAACCGAUGGGCUUCAAGGGGUGAGACAUCUUCUAAGGCUCUUUUUUGACCUUGAACAAAGGAAUCCUGUGUUAUACAUCAGUUAUUUUUCAGGAACUAAACCAGGUUCCAAAGAAGCAUGUUUUUUUAGGGGGGCCUGGGUGGCUCAGUCAGUUAAGCGUCCGACUCUUGAUUUCAGCUCAGGUCAUGACCUCACAGUUCAUGGGUUCAAGCCCCGAGUUAGGCUCUGUGUUCACAGUGUGGGCCCUGCUUGGGAUUCUUUCUUUCUCUUUCUCUCUGCCCCUUCCUUGCUUAUGCUUGCUCUCUCUCUCUCUAAAGUAAAUAAAUAAACAUAAAAAAAAAA